UAGCGAGGACCACUUUUGGGCUCCAUCUGUGCUUCGUCCCUUGUCUAGCGCGAAAAAGGAACACACGGCAUCGCCAUUGGAAAGGCAACUACACAAGCAAAGCGAUCAAGAUUCAAGGUUCCAGCGUCGACGUUGCCAAUCCCAUCUCUCUCUCCUCUCGCUGUUUUCCUCUCAUCUCUUCUUGUUCUAAUGGCGUGUUUUCCCUCCUUUUAGUGGCAAAGCGAUCUUUCAACGGAUUUGAGGAUUUGAAGAAGACAGCAGCAAGAGAGAUCGUAUUUGUAUUGGGAUUAUGGAAGGAAGGGAGCGCCGCCAAAGCCUGACGCUCUCGGAGCACCUCGCGAUGGCGGGAAGGCCUUGCAAGUUUGGGGAUUUUCUCAAGAUUAGAAAUGAUGUAGACGUGCCGGAGAAGAGGGCGGCCUCUUCCGGCGCCAGCGGCAGGAGAACGCUGCUCGACGUCCUGCGUGAGGAGCGGGAAGGGAGCGAGAUUGAGGUGGUGGUGGGGAUUCCCAGCGAUGGCGAAGCCACGGCCAACGGCCGAGAAGGCUCCGCCUCCCGACCCACCGUCGACUCGCCAGCGACAGGGCAACCGGCGAGAGUCUCCCUGAUGGUGCUUCUGGAGCAGACGGCCGAAGACCAAUGGAGCAGCGGAAGGGAAACCGCCUCGGCGGCGGCGAUGUCGGCGCUAGCGGCGUUCUUGGACGAGGAGGAAAAACCCGGGCUGGCGGAGGACAUUGUCGGCGCCGGCGGCGUACUCCACCUGUGCUGCAUCUGCAUGACGCGGCCGAAGGCGGCCGCCUUCAUCCCCUGCGGCCACACGUUCUGCCGCCGGUGUUCCCGUGAACUGUGGGUGAAUCGCGGAAGCUGCCCGCUCUGCAACGGCCGCAUCUUCGAAAUCCUCGACCUAUUCUAAACCAAAAAUUCCAUUUUGUUUAGCGUCAUCCUCUCAAUUUGGUCACAGACGACGGCCAUGAAUCACACAAUCUUUUCUUGAUUUGGUGAACACGAAUACUGGCAGAACAUGAUCUGAAACUGUCUGUAACUGUUUGUGGCAGUUGGUAAGCUUGGUGGUUGUCCUACUUUUCUUUUCAGCUCACCUUCAGUCAUCUACUUA